UGGAGAGGGGCAAAUUUAUGCUUUACUGAGCCAUCUCUCAACACAAAUUUACCUGAUGUCCCAUUGCAGAUCACUCAACCUGGCAAGACCAUCCUGGAUUAUGACAGGAAUGACAGCACUGUGCUGUCACUGUAUGGAAACCUGGUGAACGACACAGACUUCACAUGUGACAGGAGGCAGGUCAGGCAGUUUGCUCGAGCCUUCCUGCCGGUGUUUUUCUGGCUCAUCUUCUCUGUGGGCACAGUGGGAAACGCCUUGGUUGUGCUCGUCUAUUGCAAAUACCGCUUCAGGAGGAGCAUGACGGAUUGGUACCUGCUGCACCUGGCCAUUGCGGACCUUCUCCUCCUCUUCACCCUCCCCUUCUGGGCCAAGGCAGCCUCCAACGGCUGGAUCUUCAAGAACUUCAUGUGCAAAGUCGUCAACAGUAUGUAUAAGAUCAACUUCUACGGCUGCAGCUUGUUUCUAACCUGCAUCAGCUUUGACAGGUACAUCACUAUUGUCCAGGCGACAAAAGCUAAAACUUCUAAGCGAAGGCGGCUCCUGCGCAGCAAACUCAUGUGCUUGGCUGUCUGGUUGACAUCUGUGAGCCUGUGCAUCCCAGAAAUCGCGUAUAGCCAAAGCACGCAGGUAGGUGACAUAACAGUUUGCAAAAUUACCUACCCGCCAAACAUCAACAUGAUCAUUAGAGUUACUGUCCUGACCUUGAAAGUCACAAUCGGAUUCUUCCUCCCGCUCCUUGUCAUGGUUAUUUGUUACGCCCUUAUCAUCCACACCCUCCUGCAAGCCAAAAGAUCCCAAAAGCAGAAGUCGCUGAAGAUCAUCACCAUGAUCAUCACCGCUUUCCUUCUCUCUCAGUUCCCGUACAAUAUUAUUUUGCUGGUCAAAGCCAUCAACUCCUAUGCCAGGGUGGCAUACAGCUGUCAGGCUGCCAACCAGCUGGACAUUGGGCUGCAGGUCACCCAGAGCAUUGCCUUCCUCCACAGCUGCCUCAACCCCUUCCUCUACGUCUUUGCUGGAAGCAGGAUGGCGCUGGCCAGGAUCAUGCAGAGCGGCGGCUGCUGUCGGAGCAGGGGCCAAGAGCAGUGCUCUUCUGCCUGUGACAGCCAGGAGCAUAGCUCAAACUGGUCUUUUGCCAUGCUGGGGAGGCGGCGGGUGAGGAGCUCUCUCACCCUCAGCACCCACUUGACCUCCUCCGUUAUGCCCCCUUCUCACCAAGUCCUCUUGUAA